AUGGCGACUUUCCAUCCCGAAUUCAUCGCCUUAUUGCCACCAGAUGCUUUAGAGAAAUUCAAGGCUUUACAUACUGAUGAUUCGAUUGAUUCCAUGGCUCGUUUCGACAAAAUGGUCGAAGUGUUGCUCUCUCUGCCUGCUGAUAUUCAGGCUAAAAUCGAAGCUCUUCCACCACCACCGACACACGAGAUACUUCCUGAGGAGUUCAAGACGAAAUUGGACGCGAUUCGCACGAAUAAAGGCAUCUCGUUCAAGGAUAAAUGCACAAAGUAUAGGGAAGUGAUCGCUUCAAUGCCCGAAGAUUUGCGCGCCAAGAUCCGCGAGGCUGCCAAGAAACAACAAAUCGGGAAA